AGGAUCCGACGACGUGAAAUCAACCCGCAGACGGUGUACAUAACGUUCUACCCGGAUAGCUAUCAAUUCUCGAGAAGAAGAUGUUAAAACUAGUAAUUUGUCUUUCGUUUCUGGCCGUAGUUAGCAGUUAUGACUUUAAAGAUCCCUAUUACAAUGAAAUACUACUGGCAGAUCUACUAGAUAGUGAUGAUUCUCUAACAGCAUUUGAUCGCUUCAAGCGAUCAACUAACGAAAUAACGGAUGACAAGUGCAAACGGCAGCACAAGCACAAAUGUUGUAACGACGCAAACGGCGACAACUUGGAUAUGAUCAAAGAAUUGAAGAAACAAUGUUUUACGGAAAUCAAAUCGAAGGAGCGAACUGAACGGGGAAUGAUGGACCCUAUCGACAUGUUCUCCUGCGAGAAAGUCAAGCGUGCCAAGGAAGAUAUGAUUUGUGCUCUCGAGUGCGUUGGCCGUAAAAAGAACGUCGUCGACGCGAAAGGUAACCUCCUGGACCCGGCGGUACUGAUUCCUUUCGUGAAGGAAAAUUUUGCCUCUGACCCAUGGCAAGAACCACUGAUUGCCGGUACCGUCGACGACUGUUUGCGGGAAGUUGCGGAGAAGAACGAAAAGGCCGAAGAGACACGAUGUAAUCCAUCUUCUGCCCACUUUGGCUAUUGCAUGUGGCGGCAGUUCACGCUGGCUUGUCCAAAAGGGAUGCAGGAAGCGUCGAAAAAGUGCGACAAAGUGAGAGAGAAGCUGGCGAACAACGAACCGGUGUCGAUGUACCAUAAGCAUGAUUUUGACGAUAACUAGAUAGAGCCCUGAAACUGUGACUUUGAAACGCAUUUAAUAAAGACUCGAUAUUGCUUCGCUAACGAUGACAGGUUU